CCGAUAUUCUCAAAGCAAUACUGUAAAGCCCAUACAUUCACAACACUUCACAACCAUCACCGUUUAUCGCUCCCACUCCUCCCAGUCACAGAGCUAGCCGCCGCCGCAGCCGCCUCCGCCAUCAGCCAUGGAUCCCAACCCUGGAAGCUUCCCUCUCCUCUCCUCCUUCAUGUCCCGUCUCCCUCCUCUCGCUCCCACCACCUCUUCCAAUUCUGAGCUCUACGACAUCGAACAGCCCCGCUUCCCUCCACCCUCCGAUCCUUCUUCCUCAUCCUCUUCCAGUAUCAAAAAUCCUGAACUUGUUGCUCAGAUGCCCCGAAUCACUGACCCAAAACUGUUGGCUUCCAUUGCCCGCACCAUCUACGACGUCGCUCAGACCCGAUCCAUGAUCAGAGUCCUUGGCGACCGACCUGACCACGAAUCAGUCGACAAUGCCAAGGCUAAACUCGCCGAUUUGGAUGCCCAUUUGUCCAGGCAGCUAGAGGAGAUCGUGCUAUCUCCUAAGCCUCCUCAUCUCGACACCCAUCAAUGGCGGAGUCAGCAGGCCGAGAAAGAGAAGGAGUGCAGGAAAUUAGCGGAGGAUGAGAAGCGAGUGUACAAAGCAGUGAUACAAUUGGACGAAAUGCACGAUGCGUAUGAGAAAUUGCUCAAGGAUGCAGAGAAAAGAUUGGAGUCGAUUUACAAUUCCGCCGACGGGGUACCAGAUCCCGAGGAAGACAAGGCGGAGACGGAGGAGGUCAACGAAGAGGUUGUCGGGAUUCUGCAAAAGACCUAUGGACAAGGGAUAGAGCGAAUUGAUCUUUCGAAUCGCGGCCUGAGGCUUCUUCCCGAGGCCUUUUGGCGGAUUUCUGGGUUGGUGGUGCUUGAUGUUUCAAACAAUCAGCUGACGGCGAUUCCUGACGCGGUAGCUGGAUUGCAAAAUCUUGAGGAGCUUAACGUAUCUACAAAUCAUUUGGAAACACUUCCUGAUUCAAUUGGCUUGCUGCAAAAGUUGAAAAUCCUGAAUGUCUCGGGAAACAAACUGAGCGCCUUUCCUGACUCCAUCUCUCAGUGCAGGUCAUUGGUGGAGUUGGAUGCUAGCUUCAACAGUCUCAGGUAUUUGCCUACAAAUAUUGGAUAUGAAUUACAGAACUUGCGGAAGCUGUUGAUUCAUUUGAACAAACUUCGGUCGCUUCCCUCAUCUGUUUGUGAGAUGAGAUCCUUGCGCUAUCUAGAUGCGCAUUUCAAUGAGCUGAAUGGACUUCCGAGUGCAUUUGGAAGAUUGACUAAUCUUGAGGUUCUGGACCUGAGCAGUAAUUUCGCCGACCUUCAAGAACUCCCUGCGACAUUUUCUGACCUGAUCAACCUCAAGGAGUUGGAUCUUAGCAACAAUCAGAUCAGUGCACUUCCUGAUACAUUUGGUCGCCUGGAGAAUUUGACGAAGCUCAACUUGGAGCAGAACCCUCUGGAAGUGCCGCCAAAAGAGGUGGUAAGGCUAGGAGCUCAAACCGUGAGAAAUUAUAUGACAACGAGGUUGGUGAACAUAUUAAACGAGGAAGAAAGGGACAGGAUUGCGAUGCAAGAACAAUCCCAGAUGGGGUGGUUAACGCGAAGCACCUCCUGGUUGAAGAGCGUCUCCGAGAACGUUGCAGAAUAUGUCAUGUCUCCUAAAACUCCCAAACAGGCUUAUCUUAAUGAGCAGCUAUAAUGCGAUGGUCCAAUAAGCCGGUCUCGUCCUACCGAUUCCUGUCUGGCUAACAGAUGAUUUUUUUUUUUUUUUUUUUUUGGGUCUUAAAUUAUCGGAUGCUCAAAUUCAGCUGUAUUUUUCAAGUGGAAGUGCCGGAUCAGUAAUCUUGGUAGUUUCACAACGUUAAUUUGAUUUAUACUU